UAACAAUAAAGGUCGUAUUUCGUAGCACUUUCAAGUGAGAAACAAUGUAUUGUUCUAUUCUAACAGUCAAAAACAACUUCUCGUGUUCGUUAUUCACGCCAUCUUAGUCGAAGAAAGCGUAAAAACAUGGAAGGCAGCAGUGGUCGCUUUACGGCCCUAGAAGGCGGAGCCCGAGUUGCUGCUGCGUGCGGCACGCGUAACACGCUUGCCGUUGAGUAUGCUGCCUUUAUAUCAACAAGGCUCAUUUAUGAGCAAGCCUAUACUGUUAGAGGCUCCCUUUUCGAAGGCCGUCAGCGGUCGAUCCAUGUUACAAGAGCAACCCGCGUGCCAGUUGUGGCCCACGAGCUCAAGAUCCUCACGGACUUAGCGGUGACGCAGGCGGUGAAAUGCGAUGACGUUUUCGAUUGGGCCGCUGAGUUGGAUAAGAAGGAGGUGUUAGUCUGCACAUCAUCAGUCCUCAGGCAGAUCCUUGAAGACGACAUCUUAAGCAUGGUCACCAUCAAUGUCCUUGUACUGGACAGCUGCCAUCUUGUUUGGAAAGAUGAGAAUUUACGAUAUAUAAUGAAAAUGUAUAAACAAUGCGACGAAAAUAACCGCCCAAGAAUUCUCGCGUUAACCUAUCCUCUUUUCAAUUCGAUUAAGAAAGAAGAUUCUACCAAACCAGAAACUCCGGUAGCCGAAAAUACAACCAAACAUGACAAUGACAACAUCGAACCGCCUGAUUUGGUAGAAAACGAUACGGAAAGUUUAUCAAAUGCGGUAGAAAUCGCUGAGAUAACAAAAAUAGUUGAAAUUGAAAUUAAUGCACCAAAAAUAAUAGAAAUUGCAGUUUCAAAUGUACCAAAGAUUGUAGAAAUUGACGACUCUGAAAUGGGAACUUUGGAAUCAAACGAUACCAUAGACAGUGAAAGUGUUUUGGCUGAAGAAGACAGCACAGAAAUCCAAGACGCAAAUCCUCAAGAUGACACGGAUACCACAAGAGACGAAGAAAUAGACGAAGAUGUUGAAAAAAUUGGCGAAUACGAGAACUACGAUGAUUUCGAUAUGUAUGAAAAGCUGGAGUGGAAGAUUGAACAGCUGGAGCAAGAGUUGUGCUGCCAGAUGGAUUUGGCUGAAGAUAUUGAUGGUGGGAAACGCCUCUCGGCAACAAUAUCAAAACCUAAGGAGAUGAUAAUCGAGUACCGUAAGCCGUUGACAGUUGAACAACAAGACGAAGACUGUGCCCAUCUGUUCGAAUACAUGCGAAAAACGGCGAGCGAUGCCUUGACGUUUCUACGAGACCACCGGUAUGAUCCAACCGAAAUAUACGGUGAAGACAUGUAUGAUGAAUUCAAAAAUAUACCAGACCCAACAAUUGACCCGAAAUAUAUAUUCGGUCAAUUCCUUUACGUUUUGGAUCAACUUGGUCCCUAUGGAGCCGAUAAAGCAGCUUUCUCUUUACUGACAAAACUCGAAAAACUGAAAAUUAAAGUACCAUACGAGCGUCACUUUCUUCUAUUGUGCGUUUGCACGUCGGUGUUUGUGAAAAUACGUUGUUACGCCGACUUAGUAUUCUCAAAAUACGAGUCUGAUUGGGAUAAAAUUAGAAUAUUUAGUACACCAAAGGUAUUGCGUUUCGCCGAAAUAUUAGAACAGUUCCAACCACCCGAUCAGAGUUUAAAAAACACAAACAAAGACAAUAAUAAAGCGACGAGUGAUACUAAAGUUUGUAAUGAUAGUACUCGAGACACAAAUGAAAACAGUGCAGCUACUAAUGAAAAUAAUAGAAUUAUUGAUGAAAACAGUGUAAACAUUAAUGAAAAUAGCCAGGCUAAUCAUGCACCGAAAACCAAGAUUAACGAAAAUUCUAUUAAUGAUGGAAUAGAUACUAGUGCUAAUGAAAAUAUAAGUAAUAUUAAACAGUCCAAAGAGGACACCUGUACAGAAGAUACAAAAUCAAAAACGAAUAAAAUGUUAGAAGCUAUAGAAAAAUGCGAUUUCAUAUCGUUAAGCAACAGAAUUGAAGACAGAGUUCAUAUUAUUGAAUCAAAUUUAAAAGAAAUUAAUUUAAUUAACGAAAAUACAAUUAAUGAUUCAGAACAUAAGAUUAAUGAUAAUGAAAACAGAGUUAAUGAUAAGGGAAUAUUUUCUCGUCGUUCUGGCCACCGUACUAGGGGUAGAGGGAGGGUGCAAAGGAGUAACGCAGCAAGGGCGCAACAAUUGCAACAGAAUCCAGACGCGUUGUGCGGAAUUGUCUUUAUGAAGGAGGCGUUGAUGGCAAAGAUUAUGUUUAUGUUGAUUGUGGACAUGUCACGGUGCUGCAGCAAACUGUGGUUCCUGUGCGCUCAAUACUGCGCCGUGGAACGUCCUGCUGACCCCGCCAACGAGCCACGGGAAUGCCAGAGGCAGGGUAAGAAGCAGGAGGAUGUGCUUAAAAAGUUCCGGAUGCAUGAGUGCAACCUUCUGCUGGCAACGUCUGCUCUGGAAGAAGGCAUUGAUCUGCCUAGAUGUAAUCUUGUUAUUCGUUGGGAUGUACCUGCUUCCUACCGCUCGUACGGGCUGUGCCGUUCACGCGCGCGUGCCGCUCGCGCCGCCUGCGCACUGCUGUCGAACGCGGCGCCGCCCAGCACCGCCGUGCUGCUGCACAACGUCGCCACCUACAGGGAGCUCGACCAGAUAAUUACAAGAAAAUGUGGUUGUGGUAUUCAAGAGGAACCUCCUCAAGCGGAAGAAGAUCACGCAGACUGUUUCACCUCCUUCAUUAAGCCUUACACUCCCUUAGAUAAUGAAAGUAAUAAUAAACCAAAUAAUGAAAAUAGAGGAAAACAAAAUAAUGAAAACUGUGAUAACGAUUCCAAAAAUAAAAUCAACGGAGACAUUCCAAGCAAAGGGACAGAAACAAUUGAAAAUAGAAUUAAUGAUUCAACAGACGUGAUUAAUGAAAUUAGCGACAAUCUAUUUUGUAAUAAGUGCAAUAAUAAGCGAAAUAGUGCCGAUAUCGAAUGUUCGUGUAUGAUAGUGAAAAUAACAAAUUUUAAUGAAAAUAGAAGUAAUGAUUUUAAGAAAAACAAAAACGAAGAUAGUAUAGCUAGUGUGGACUUGAAUUCAGCUAUAGCUCUUAUAAAUAGGUAUUGCGGUAAACUACCCUCCGAUACUUUCACCCGUCUCGCACCUCAAUGGUGGAUGGAGAAAUUGAAACUGGGAGAUAGAACUGCCUAUAUUUGCACGUUACGGCUGCCCCUUAACUGCCCGGUCAAAUAUAAUAUUGUUGGUCACCCGAUGCCAACGAGAGUUUUAGCAAGACGAAUGGUGGCUCUACAGGCUUGUAGAAUACUACACAAGAGCGGGGAGCUUGACAAUCAGUUAAUGCCUAUAGGCAAAGAGAACUUCAAAGCAGCCGAGCUCGAGACGACAGGCAACGUGUGCGACACGACUGACGCCACGGACACUGCACGACCCGGUACGACCAAACGACGUCAGUAUUAUUUCAAGCGGACCGCCUGGAUGUUCACCGACUGCCAGCCCGUGGUCGACGCAAGCGACUCCGAAGUCGAACCACCUGAAGCGAUUGCAAUAGAGAAGCCUGAUAACACUGAAGCUACAAAUAUUCCCAACACUAAUGUGGAACCCCGGAAACGAAAGCGUGCCCAAUGAUUUCAUUGAUAUCCUCAACGAUGAGGAGUCUGAGUGAGAUGAGGAGAUCGUUGAGGAGGAAAUUGAACAGGAGGGCGACCUAGCAGCGCAAAUCGGCCAACUGAACCUAUUAUCUGGAAGUA